CCAUAUACUCACUUUACAUAAUAUUCGACUGUCUACUUUCCCUGCUAGCAGACAGGGAACUGUCUACUUUGAACACUAACAGGAAUUUAGCAGCUAGCAUAUAAAAAGAUAACGUCAGAACAGCACCAAGUCGACUACGAGGGAAAACAUCACAAGAUGCCAAGAUCGUUCGUCAUUAUAAAGUUCUACUCCCACACUCGUAAAAUCGAUUUUUCAUUUGAGGGAAUCGUCCCUCCGAAGGUGUCGUGGCUUCGCGAACAAUUCUUCGAGACGUUCAAAGACGUUAUACCGGAGGGAAUCACAAGGAAGUAUAUCUUAUUCCAACGAUACGACAAGAGCAUAAAGGAGUGGCUGGACCUCUCUGAUGAGGAAUAUGUACACCCCGAAGACAUAAUCAAAGCCGAUAUUGAGCAAGUACCGGAAGUACCACAUCCUAUCAAAGACGCGAAGAUAUACAGACUGUGGAGUUCUAGUAGUCGGACCGGAGGGAGCUUGCUAAAGAUGGAAAAAAGUUCCAAUAUUUUGAAAUGCGACGGGUUAAACUCGCAGGAUUGUUCAGUUUUGAACAUACUCUUCCAUGACGAAAGUACGCCAUCGAAGGUGUUGUACCGACUUCAGUUUGUCGACGGAACGGGUAACAAAUGGCUGGUGACAGGUCAAGGAGAGGGCAAGGAAGUCAAAAUUCAACAAUAUACGGGCCAGACUGUCCAAGACAGUCAGAAGUUCGAGCCGUACUACUUCUUUGGACACACACGGUUAAGGUGUCACAGUGUGGGCGGACGGGACGACCUGUACCUCUCCUCAGACGGUCUCGGCAAAGUCACGCUUAUACAAGGCGGCCCACUUGCCUACCCUGUGGCCCAAACUCUUUUUAUUACUAACGAGCAAUAAAGCAAUGCUACGUUAUACAAGGCGGCCCACUAGGCUACCCAAUGGCAGACACUCUUUACCUCAGUAACGAGCAAUAAAUAAGGCGAUUAAGUCACGUAAUGUCACGCUUAUACAAGGUAGCCCACUCAGCUAUUGGCUAACCAGUAGCCGAUACUUUUUGUAUUACUAACAAGCAGUAAAUUAGACGAUUAAGUCACGCAAUGCCACGCUUAUACAAGGUAGCCCAGUAGCCGAUUCUUGUUUUAUUAAAGAGCAAUAAACAAUAAGGCGAUUAAGUCACGCAAUGUCACGCUUAUACAAGGAAGCCCACUAGGCUAUUGACUAACCAGUAGGAGAUACUUAAAGUUUCAUUAUUAAGGAGCAAUAAACAAUAAGAAAUGUACAGGAAAUUUAGUGCUUUACGGGCCCGAAAACAGUUCUCGGGAGCCAAAAUGACAAAAGCAUAUCUUUUCAUACCACCAAUCUGAAAGUUUAGUAGGGGAGGGGGGGCGGACUUUGACAUGAAAUGCGCAAAUUCAGUGAUGCAAUUUAAUAAAACCAAAAACAGCAGAA